GGUACCCACAACCGGAGGUGACAUGGUAUAAGGACAAUGAAGAGAUGGACCGCUACUGUGGCUUACCCAAGUAUGAGAUAUUCCGUCAUGGAAAUCGCCACACCCUCCAGCUUUACAAGUGCCGAGAAGAAGAUGCAGGGAUUUACCAGGCCUCAGCUAGAAAUCACAAAGGCAUCGUGUCCUGCUCUGGUGUGCUGGAAGUGGGAACCAUGACGGAGUUCAAAAUCCAUCAGAAGUGGUUUGACAAAAUUAAGAGAAAAGCAGAAGAAAAGCUACGAGAGAUAGAACAAGGCAAGAAACGAGGGAAAGAGAACGUGGAGGUGGAGAAGUUGCAGGGUAUGAGCCCCGAUCGGCUCCAGAGAAAGCGGAGACUGGCCAGGGAUCUCCAGUCGGGAGCCUCUUCGUGGGAGAAGGAGGAUGCAGCAAAAGUGCACGUUGCUGAUUCUCAGUCGAGAUUGCAUGAGAAUAUUGCUGAUCCAAAGGAGCAGCCAGUCAAUGCAAUGACAGGCUUUCCAAACACACUGUUAACACCUUUGAAAGCAGAGGUGACCACCAAUGGAGAUACCUCUUUGGAAAGUGUGGAGGAGAAUGGGAAUAGCUUUCUCACGUACAUCUAUGAGACAGUGGAGGACCUAGUGACUAAGCCAAUGGCGAAAGACUCUGCAGCUAAAAAGAAAAAGAAGGUGGAGGCUCCUUCAGCAGCAAAGCAGGAAGUUUCCAAGCAAGAAGAAAGUGGGCGAGACAGGGCCAACCCCUCUCCAAAUCCAAGGUUUGCCCCUCCUGUCCCCUUACGCAGGAGCACACGUUUGAGGGUGGCAAGUGAUCAAGAAGCAGAAAAAAAUCCAAAAAUCAAGCAGCCUGGGAAAGCUGUGAAUCAGGACACUAAAAUCAAUGGUGACGUGCACUUUUCUUUGAAAGAGAUGUAUUUUGAUAAGCAAGUGAAGCCAGCAGCAGGGAAGAAGGAGGAGGCAGGAGCCAAGGAAGGGGCUGUGAGCGAGGCUGCCCUGCAGCCUGUGGUGAUCAGCAGACAGACAGAAGAUGCUCCAUCAUCCUCAAAGGUGUUGGAGGCAAGACCUGUGCUCGACGAGGGACAGAGAGGCCAGCUCCAAGUACAGAAGUUGGAAGGAAACAAAGCCGUUGGCCCAGAG